AUGAUUAUUAGAAGAGGCAUAAUACUUGUAUAUAUCUGGAGUGGAAUACUUACCAAACACCUAAAGUUCUUAUACAGUGCAGCUCAUGAUCUAAAUGAUCCACCACCACCAUGUUCGGCCUAUGAAAUGUUAAUCAUCAAUACCAAACAAUGUGUAUCGCGCUGUCCCAUCCGCUGUAUGGAUGGCGUUUGUUUUGAGGAUGGCCAGUGUCCCUGUGCCAAUGCGUAUAUGACAUCAUUUAAUAAUGGCCUAAUAUGUGCCCAACAAUGCUUACCGGGCUGUGUGGAAGCCGGUGGUUAUUGUGCCGCUCCAGAUAUAUGUGUUUGCAAACAAAAAGGUUCCACAUUUGAUCCGGUAACAAGAAAAUGUUGGAAGCAUUCCAUUUUUAGAGACAGAUGUCGAGGGCGCUGUAUGUAUGGUCAUUGCAAUCAUGAGGGUAUUUGUACCUGUGCCCAGGGGUUCAAAACAACAAAUAAUAUUUUUGGCCAGCUAUGUGAACCUGUUUGUAAGCAAAAAUGUGGACGUCGAGCUUACUGUUUUCUACCUAACAUGUGCGCCUGUCGCAAAAAGCACGAGCACUAUGGCCCAGAUGGUUUAUGUUAUCCUGAUCAUGUUGAUUAUAUAUUUUAA